CCAGCCUGCGAGCUGAUCUUUUCCCGACUGACACCGGAUUCAGGUCUUUCGCCUUUCCAGACCGAGCGAUCCACCACUUCACUGUCUAUUCAUGAAUCGACCCAUUGGCACACCUGUCUGCGACAUUGCAGGUGUGCACCAUCGGCGAGGAUUAUCCAUGGCCUACCGUUCGUCCGGCUACGCGCCUGUGGGCCGCCGUUCACACCUCAUCCUCGCCAUCUUCUCUCUGGAAGUUACGCAAAUUCCGACGGCCAUCUUUCAUCUCCCAGUCGCGCUCUUCCUUCAAGAGACGCUUUGCUGCGCGGUACCGCCCUCACAUCCCCUUCGCGUUCAAGCUAGCGCGAUCGUUACUUCAGAACUUACAGCAUGUACACCAUUCCCUGCUCUCGACAGCAUUCUAUGUACGUAGGUGGCCUCAUCUCUGGGUCACACUUUUGCCAUUCUAGCGCCUCA